AAAGCUACGAAAGCGUUUGCUCUUAUUAAACGGAUAAUAUUUAUAAUUUUCUUACAUACUAAUCUUACAUAUGUUAUCUGUGUGUGAGCUCCAAGCUAUAUAUUGAUUGCCGAACUAAUUUUACGUUUUACACAGCCGUACAAGUGACAUUUCGUUUAAAGAUUUUUAAGAAUGAACGUGUAAACCUUGUGAAGGAAUGACGAUAAUUUCCUAAAAAACGUGUGGUACAACAUCAGUAUUGAAGUAUGCCCUUGAAAUCUGUUUGUUUCUGCAUGAGAUAAGGCCGUUUUUGUCAAAUGUUUUUUCCCCUCGCUGAUUUUAAAACAAUACAAGUAAAAAAAACUUUCGGAAAAAGAUAUGGUAAGAGGAAGUCACAAAAAGGGAACAUAUGAAUUAUAGGUGUCACGUAUUUGUGAAUAUUUUCUGUUUAAGUCAUUAAAAGGAAAUUAAAAAGCGACAUAGAGUAUGAUAGUUGAAAAUGCGAAGAAAACAAAUAAUUCUACUUUUCAUAAUCAUCUUUGGUUUACAGCUGUUUACUGGAAUAUGCUACAUUGCGGAAGAUCAAAAUCAAAAGAGAGAAAAUUCUAGAAAUAACCAAGAGGAUAAGUGUGUCUCUUCGAAUGACAUAAUGGUGGAUAAUACAAAUUGGUUUGAUACAAUGUAUAAAGCAUGUAGACAAUUGGGCUAUUCGGUGGAUGUCAAUUCAACGAAUAUUAGGGCACAUAUGUCACCAAACCUGAAACUUUUGUACUGUAGAGUUAAUAAAUGUGCAUCCACAAUGACACUAGAAUUACUUAAACAGUUGUUUAGCUGUGAUACAGAAUGCCUGAUAAAAAAUGCUGAACGUGUUCGGUUAAAUACAAACGCAAGACAGGUGAUGGAUGACGCAUUUUCAUUUAUGGUUGUUCGUGAGCCCUAUGGUCGUUUGUUUUCCACUUAUUGCAAUAUUUUCUAUUUCCCAAAGGAAGAUUGGCUUAACAGAGGAACUAAACUCAUAAAACUAACACGGUUAAAUAUUUCAUACGACAGUCUUACUUAUGGGCAUGAUUUAUCUUUUUCUGAACUAGUUAAAUACACUGUGGACACAUAUGAAAAUAAUGAUCGUUUGGACGAACAUGUUCGACCAAUGCACCAUAAAUCCUGUAAUCCAUGUGUUUUUAAGUUUGAUUAUAUCGCACAUCUUGAGACGUUACAAAACGACUUUGAUUUCAUUUUUAAUAACCUACAGGAAGAAACAGUCGGAAUGUAUCAAAAGGAUAUUCUGAUCUCCUUGAAAAAAUGGACUACUUUAGGACCGAUAAAGCAUUUAUUUAGAACUAUUCCUUUGUUGACAGGUUCAAAUAUAUCUUUGUAUGAUGUUUACCUUCGUGCAUGGUGUUAUUACCAAAUAACAGGACAUGUCUUAAAAACAAUCAACUUUCCAUAUAACGAAAGCGAUCUGAAUGACAUUAAAAAGGAAGACUUUUUAAGUGAGUUGACGAAAGCAAUGAAUGUAUCAGCAGUUUAUAAAAAUGAAUUAAAAUUACAGAGAGCGGAAGCGAUGAUUCAGGCUUAUUCAACAAUAUCUGAUGAAUAUAUGGAGCGAUUAAGCAAUGUCGUUUUAGGCGAUUGUCUUUUAUUUGGAUAUGACAACAAACCGGCACAUAUAUUUGAUAAAAUUAGUUGUUUACAGAAGAAAUCGAAUUUUGAUUAUUUCAAGGGUUUGUGAAUCCUUUAAGGCAUUUUAUCAAUACAAAUAUGUUAAUAAUAUUUAAAGAUACUGUUAUUAUUAGUACCAUAUGUAAGUGAUGUAUGAACACCUAUAAAUGUUUAGAUACGUA